UGCGUCAUGUCGGAUUUUCCGAAGUGCCCAGACUUUCGUGGCCUGAGAAUCGCAAUCCCAUAAGAGUUCCAGACGUGAGGCGCAGGGUGUCAGGAUAUCUGCGUGAUCACCAACCUUCCCAGCUGCAGAUCACGGGUGAACGGUGUGGUGGGUAGGGUGAAGUUUGUGAACGGCAUGGAUGCAGGCCUCACAUUCCGGAGUUCGGAUACAGUCUCAGUGAGAAAUCGGUGAACAUCUCGGUACGUCGGAUCACGAAAGAGCCGCAUGAAGGUCCCGAGUGUGAUGUGUUGACAAGGUGGUGAUUGAUCGCCAUGAUCUCCGUCGGGAUGAGGCGGCUGCGCCAUCCGGCCCGGGUUUGCAUCUUGGCUCAUGGGAUGCGACCAGGUGCCAGGAGGCGGCGGAUUGGCAUCAUUUCACAUCAUGUCAGAAAGAUGACCGCUGACAGAAGCCUUUGUGAUAGUCUGCGGCGAGACAUUGAUGAGAUGUUCUCAUUGAUAGAGGUCGUCGUCAUGUCGAGGUUGAAGUUGAGUUGGUGGUGUGGAGUGAGAGUGAGACGAGGUGCCGGGAACUGGGCAUGUGUUACAGAUUCCCUCCCCGCACACAGGGACCCCGCGGCCUGUCAGACGCAGCCCCGCGCCGCCCCUCCAUCGUGCGGGGAGAGCAGCUGCAAACUGCCCGCAUCGCCGCAGAACCUCACCACCACCUUACAACUUCACUCCAUCUUGCUUGGACUCAAAACCAAGUGUCUCGAUCCUGCCGCAUCACCAUUCUCAUGGCUCACUAAGCCGUUUCAUGUCAGUCUUACAGACACUAAAGCAGGUUACACGAUGUACUUUACAUCGCACACGUGCGCGCCGACGACACAACCAAGUUCAACCACCACACGGCUCACGAUGAACACCAAGAGCCUGGUGCACCCGCAGUAG